AUGAGCCGCUCCAUUUCGAGGGCGACGCCCUUUGCGGGCGUCUGCCGCAACUUGAACAACUAUUUCCUCCCUUCACAGCGCAACGGGUCCACCCAGAGCAUGCGGCCAUUCUCGACGUCUUUGGCCCGCCAGGUCGCAUCCAACAGCAGCGGCACCUCUCGCCGGCCAGUGCCUACGGCCGCACGGAGAGCCGGAGCCGGGCCAUGCGGGAACUGGCAGCCACAAUCUCUGCCAGUGAUGCAGCGGAGGACGAAAUUCAAGACUGUGGAGGAGGCCAAGAGCCGGUACCGGUCAGGACCCUUCUCGUGGAAAGCAGGUGUGCUCUUUAUCCUUGCCGGCGCCGGUCUGAUGUGGUACUUUGAGCACGAAAAGGAGCGCAUGAAGCGCAAGCGCAUCGCCGAUGCCAACAAGGGCGUCGGCCGGCCCAAGGUCGGCGGCCCGUUCAACCUCAUCGACCAGAACGGGAAAGCCUUUACAGAAGCCGACCUCAAGGGUCGCUUCUCGCUCGUCUACUUUGGCUUCUCGCACUGCCCGGAUAUCUGUCCCGAGGAACUCGACAAAAUGGCGCGCAUGUUUGACGCCGUCGAAGCGGAGCAGCCUGGUGCGCUGCUGCCCGUGUUUGUGACGUGCGACCCGGCCCGUGACACGCCCGAUGUGCUCGGCAAGUACCUGGUGGAGUUCCACCCGCGCUUCGUCGGUCUGACGGGCACGUACGAGCAGAUCAAGGACAUGUGCAAGACCUACCGGGUGUACUUUAGCACGCCAAAGGACGUCAAGCCUGGCCAGGACUACCUGGUCGACCACAGCAUCUACUUUUACCUGAUGGACCCAGAGGGCGACUUUGUUGAGGCGCUGGGCCGUCAGCACUCACCGGAGCAAGGUGCCAAGUUGAUUGCCGACCACAUCAAAGACUACAAGCGGGGGCGGUAG